GCUGCAGCACCUCCACCUCAGCUUUCGCCGCCAAUGCCCAGAAGACGGCACACCACCCACAUCCCUUCCCAACGACUCGUUUUGUUUACCGUGUUUCGUUCUUAAUGUGCAUAUUCUUGCCUGAGCUGGGCUGUCGUUCGCUCGAUUGACAGGGUUGCGGUUAUCUUAGUGGGAGUCUGAGUGCGCUACCCAUCAUGGGUUGCUGUUUCUCUCAUGAAGAAGACAACGGCGCAAACCAUCCAUACCCACCCGUCGCCAAUGCACCAGGCCCAGACUCCUCCUCCCGCAACAUCACCGCCGGUUCUCCCACACGUACUGGCUCAAUUGUCUCUCCGCGGGGUUCUCGUGUUUCGCACCAUCACGCCCCACAGGCACAAUCACGUCCAAAUUCCAAGUCCAUAGCCCCAAACACACCUCUCAAGCCCCUCGACCCGAAUCGCAGAUCCGCGCUACCAACAACGCUCUCCUCCUCUGUAACUGCGACAAGUCCAAGAAACAGGACACAUAUAACGCCGCUGUCCAACCCGAAUGAUGCCCAAUGGACGCGCAGCCGGCUAGCGAAAGAACGGAGGGACUGGUGGGACACAAGGGUAACAGGCUCGCAGGAAAUAUGGGCCGCAAUUCAACUCUGCGUCGAAUACCUUCAGGCCGACGACGUGGCAGAGGCGCAAGCAAUCCUCGACGCAAGCGGAUGCACCUGUCCGAACGGCGAGAUCUGGAGGGGCGUGUUUGGAGAGACAGGAGAGUGGUAUAAAGUUCCUGAGUGGCUUAUCAAUGAACCAGCGGGGUUAGUGGAGGAUCCAGAACAUGUCGCAGAAGAGGGGGAUGAUGAGAACAAGAGCGAUGAUGGAGACAGUGAUCAUCUAAAUCUGAGCCGAGAGAAAGGGAAGGGGAAAGCAAGCAUGCAGGAAGUCCAAGCGCAGGAAACAUUGCCACUGCAUGUCAAAUGCCGCAUUGGCGAUACGGCAGAAGAUUUUAUGUUGCAGUUGGGGAAGCAGGAGAAGGUUAGAGUGUUGGUGCAGAGGUUGAGGGCAGAGACCGGGAUAUUCAACAGCCGCAUUAGACUUCUCUAUGCUGGCAAAAUCCUGGACGAACACAAGACUCUGCUAUCCCAAUGCCCCAGCUUCGCAGACGGACACGUAUGCGUCGUCUAUGUUUCCCGAAAGGAUCGAUCGUAGCACCCUUUCUUCUAACUAUCCUUCUCGCCAGCUUUCUGGUGUCACUUGAUUCUAUUGGAUUCAAUUUCACCCUUCCGUCCACACAUUUUACACUCAUAUUCAUUCGAAUCAUCUCCGGACCUACUCUCUUAUAUCCCAAUUCGAUCCAGUCGUACAUUAUUUUAAUCACCCAUGUCACGUCAUGUCAUCGAGAUACCCCAUUCCAUUCCACUUUCUCUCUCGUCUUCAUUUGUUCUCCUCCAUCAUUGGGUUCUCAUCUUACGGCGCGGGGAAUUUCCGGGAAAGCAUCAAGGCAUCGAUUGUCUAGGAAUCGGCCAAGGAUAACAACAUUAUUAUUAUUAAUGAGAGUGUUUUACGUACAGAAGCAGGUAGUUGGC